AUGUCGAGUGAGAGGACGCCUCUCAUCGCCACGGUCAGAGUCGGCGAAGUACCGCGGCGCUACCCGCACCAAACCUUGAGGCGUUUUUGCAGUAUCGCGCUGGGUUCAUCCCUCGUGGCUCUUCUAGUUACAUUUCUAUGGACUUUCGCUGAUGGGCCACCAAGACGCCAUCAUCACCACCACCAUCAUGAUCAUGAUCACCAACCCGAAUGGCUGGGACGACACAAAGGUCAUGUCAAUUUCGAGGAACUGAAAGCCAUCUUGCUCGAGACACCCAGCGGAGAGAAGGCUAGCGAGUGGAGCAAGUACUACACAUCUGGUCCUCAUCUGGCUGGCAAGAACCUGUCACAAGCGGAAUGGACACGAGACCGCUGGAAUGAAUGGGGUAUCAAGUCAGACGUUGUAGCCUAUGAAACAUACAUCAACUACCCGGUAGACCACCGCCUGGCACUAUUGAAGAAAGACAAGGUAGAAUUUGAAGCAACACUAGAGGAAGCUGUUCUCGAGGAGGACCCCACAAGUGGUUUGGACGAUCGGAUUCCAGUUUUCCAUGGGUACUCGGCCAGCGGUAACGUCACGGGCCAAUUCGUUUAUGUCAACUAUGGUACCUACCAAGACUUUGACGACCUUGUCAAAGCAAACAUCACGCUUAAGGGCAAAAUAGCACUUGCGAGGUAUGGAGGAAUUUUCCGUGGCCUGAAAGUCAAGAGAGCCCAGGAACUAGGCAUGGUCGGUACUGUUAUUUUCACCGACCCUGGUGAUGAUGGCAAGAUUACAGAGGAGAAUGGAUAUAAGGCCUAUCCCGACGGUCCAGCUCGCCACCCCAGCAGUGUGCAGCGCGGUAGCGUUCAGUUUUUGAGUGUUGCUCCCGGUGACCCGACAACACCUGGCUAUCCCUCAAAGCCCGGUGUCCCAAGAGAGCCUGUUGAAGGGAAGAUCCCAAGCAUUCCUUCCCUACCGAUUUCAUUCGCCGAAGCUAUUCCAAUUCUGAAGGCGCUGAAUGGUCACGGCCCCAAAUCUUCCGACUUCAAUAAGUAUUGGACCCGGAACCAGGGACUUGAGUACAAGGGUGUCGACUACAACAUUGGCCCAUCGCCAGAAGAUGUUGUGCUUAAUCUGUACAAUGAGCAGGAUUACACCAUCACGCCCUUGUGGGACGUCAUUGGAAUCAUCAACGGAACAAUCGCGGACGAGGUCGUUGUCGUUGGCAACCAUCGUGAUGCUUGGAUCGCCGGAGGUGCUGGUGACCCAAACAGCGGGUCUGCCGUUAUAAACGAAGCCAUUCGCAGUUUCGGAAAGGCCAUUGAGGCUGGCUGGAAGCCACUUCGCACCAUUGUAUUCGCCAGUUGGGAUGGUGAAGAGUAUGGUCUCGUUGGCAGUACAGAGUGGGUUGAGGAAUACCUUCCCUGGCUGUCGAUCACCAACGUUGCUUACAUCAACGUUGAUGUUGGCGUGCGUUCGCCCGUAUUUUCAGCUUCUGCCGCACCAAUGCUCAACAACCUGAUCUACGAAGUGACCAAUCUCGUACCAUCGCCGAACCAGACUGUCCCUGGUCAAACCGUCCGCGAUACCUGGAACGGCCAUAUAUCAACCAUGGGAUCGGGAAGCGACUUCACCGCCUUCCAAGACUACGCUGGUGUUCCGUCCCUGGAUAUGGGGUUCGGCGGCCAAUCAGAAGACUCCCCGAUCUACCAGUACCACAGCAACUAUGACAGCUACCACUGGAUGAGCGAGUUCGGCGACCCAGGCUUCAUCUACCACAAGACCAUGGCACAGCUCCUCGCUCUGACCGUGGCAAAGGUCUCUGACACACCUCUCGUGCCGCUCAAUGCAACAGACUACGCUGUUGCCCUCAAGGGCUACGUUGGCCAAGUUGAGGAAAAGCUCAACUCCCUUGACACCUACGAACCCAGCACCGAGGCCGAGAUCUCCGCCUUCCGCGCACGCUCUACCGACAUCGACAGCGCCACCAAGGGCGACGUCGCGGCCUUCAAGUUCUCGCUCGAGAAAUUGCAGUACUCGAUCUCCAAGCUCAAGGAUGCGGCCAUCAAACUCGACGCCAAGGCUGCCAAGCUCUCUGAGCAGGCCAACGAGGACAUCCCCUGGUGGAAGUGGAUCACAAAGCUCAAGCUGCUGCAUGAGAUCCGGUUCGCAAACACGGCGUACAAGAAGAUCGAGCGCGCGUUCCUAUACGAGGGUGGCCUUGACGGACGUCCGUGGUUUAAACAUGUGGUAUUUGCGCCAGGCAUCUGGACCGGGUACGCUGGUGCCGUCUUCCCCGGCUUGGUGGAGAGUAUUGAUAACCGCGACUUUGUCAACGCAAUCAAGUGGGUUGACAUCAUCGAUGGCUGCAUUAAGAAGGCCACGACGACAAUCGAUCGAUAA